AUGGCGGAUCGCGGUGCUAGCAAAGGGGCAAGCGAUAGUCAGGAACUCAAGUUGGCAAAAAAAAAAGCCUUCCUCAAAGAGCAACGACGCUUAGCCGAGCUGGAGUGGGAGAAAAAUCAGGGGGACGUAUCUGAUGAUGCCGAUUCGAACCAUGUACCAGAGACGCAAAUCGAAGAGACUCAGACUACGCGCAUACUCUCCCAAAUACGCGAAAGUCCACCAUCAUCCUCCCACCCUACCCCUAGGCUUUCCCAGGAUUCCGAAGGUGACAAUGGAUCUGCAAGCGAGAUUGAGACACCCAGUAGACAUGUGCGGAGUAAGAAAGAUUUGGCAGCGGAGGUACUGGUUGUUGAUACGUCGCGGCCAGCAUCACAACCAGAGGAGGAGCCAAAGAAAGAAAAGAAAAAGGCGCCAUACAAGAUGCGAAAAACUUUAGCAUCACGCAUGGGACUUGAAGCCAAAGAUAAUAUAGGUAUCAGAGAACGCCGCGACUACUUGAGGAUGCUUUGUGCGAGGCGAAGUCAGCCAUUAACCAAGCCAUUCAACAAAUUUGACCAAAACGUCAUGUACAAACUAGUUAAGAUCGUUGCACCGGAGAUGAGGGAACAGUUUGGUAGUUGUUGGACGUCGAAACUGACACGAGAUGUUAUACAUGCACUCUGCCUAGACAAAGUCCGAAACUACAAUGCUAGGGAACGUCUCUUGGCGGAAAGAGCGAGAUUGGCGAAGUUGGCGGAGGAAGCAAGAUUGGCGGAGGGAAAUGAUGUACCCGCCGAAUCCGAUGCUCACAAUAACAGGCAAGUGCCAGAGGAGGAUUCUGACGAAGAAGAGGAAGUGGACAGCGACAAAGAAGACGUUGUAGCAUCCAGGAAACGAGCCCCCGGCACUAUCCCGAAAACUGUCAGCAUCAAUCACCGUCCGUCUAACAAGCCUAACCCUCCCAAGCACUCAGCACCCAAGUCCUCCGCAGCGAAACAGUCGGCGCCCAAGACCUCUGCACCCAAACAGAAAUCUCGACAAACCACCACCCAUACUGAUGUUUUCCUCGCGGCCACACCGGUAGCAAAAGGGGACAGAUUGCCCUUAAACCCCACUCCGAUCACUAACGAGUCAGCGUUGGAGGUCAUUUCACCGAUGACUAUAGUGAAUAUUACUCGGUCUGAAAGGGCCUCCUCAUCAAUUAGCUCGGCCCCUACAUUUAGGGAACAACAAACAACGGAACCAGAUGACAUUAGCGAGAUACUUAGUAUCUACAUUGCUAACAACAAACCGAUCAGGAUGCCUGUUAUCCGGGGUUUCGAAGGAUUUAUGUCGGCUAUAUCUAAUGUUUUGACAAUUAGCGACAGUGAUAUAGUUUAUUACCGCCCAGCGGAUGGCCCCCCUAAAGCACUCAUCUGGCGUCCUAUUUCAAUCGAAGAAGAUUUCAGCCGGCUACUUGACUUGUGUGGAGAUGGGGUACUCGUGAAGGUUCUCCCUCCAAAUGACGAUGAGUUCAACUCUGGAGAUGAAGGGCCUGCAAAAGUGGUCGAGUUACCUGUGAACUCUAAAACAUGGAACAAGAAAAAUCAUCAUAUGGAAGGGCUUGGUAAAGGAAAAAACUUCAACAAAACCACGAAGGGCGCCAGGACCGGUUCUGAGGUACAAAUUAACCCCCUCCUUCCCAUUGAUACCCCCAAUGGAGCGGAACUCAGUACUCAACCAAACUCAGGAGGACCGGAGCCGGAGCAGGGAAAAGGAAAAAGAAAAGCCGAUAAGAAGGCGCCUAUUCCCGACGUGAUCGCGGAGAAGCGCCCUCGGGGCAGACCGAGAAAGCAGAAACCCGCUGCAACGGACGCUACACCCGCCUCUAACCCAACUCCCACUCCAGCUCCUGCUUCGCCGGUGGCAACCACAAGAGCUGGAAGGGCAACUAGGAUGACGGAAAAGGCCUCCGAGACAGCGGCUAUAAAGGCUACGAAGAAACAGGUUGAACAGAUUGCUAAUGUCAGGAGAGAUAUUAGAAAUCAAAAGGCUAACUUCAAGAUUCAGUGA